AUGGCGACCGGUGAGAGGCGAUCAAAUCUCAGGUUGCUCAGGACGUCAUUGAUUCUGGACCAAGGCGACACACGCACGACUCGCCAUGGAGACUGUCUCAGACUGUGUACUUACAACGCGAGAACAGUUUCCACAGACGCCGACCUGCAUGCCCUUCUCGGAGCUGCAGAGCGUAUCAAAUUUCACGUGAUUGCUCUGCAGGAGACCAAGUGCAGAAGGAGCGACGUACGACAGAUGAAUGACGGUACACUCGUCAUUCGUGGAGAGAAGGUUCCGUCGCGAAAUGUAGGCGGUGUUGGUUUCGUUGUGCACCCAUCUGUCGUCCAUCUCGUCGAUUCUCACGAGAUCCUGUCACCUCGUCUGGCCAUUCUUCGCCUCCGCCCUCUGCGCCAAAAAUCCAUCAGUAUCAUCAACUGCUAUUCACCAACAUCAGCAGCUGAUGAUUCCGAAUUAGACGCGUUUUACGAGGAGCUGGAGGAAGUAGUCCACAACGAGAAGUCCUUUUACAAAUUCGUUGUCGGAGACUUCAACGCAAAACUAGGAAAGGCCACAGAAGAGGAAUACAGGAUUGGAAGAUUUGGACUAGGGGACCGGAAUGAAAAUGGCAAUCGUCUCGCCGGGCUGUUGUCCGCCGCUCGCCUCUUUCAUGGGAACUCUCUUUUCAUGAAAAAAGAUCAUCGUCGGUGGACAUGGGAAUCGCCCAAUGGCGCGACUCCUGCGGAGAUCGACCACAUACUCACCAACCGGAGGUGGUGUCUACUUGACGUCUCAGUAGUACCAUCCUUUUGUAGUGGUUCUGAUCACCGUCUCCUUCGUGCGAAAAUACGACUUAGCCACACGAUGGAAAAGAACAUCUGCUAUCGGCAACGAAGGAGAAAAGAAGUCGUCUACGACGAUUGCGUACUCGAGGACUCCUUGUCCCAAGGUGACUGGCAGAUUGAGGAGGACCCAAACGUAGACUACGAGAUGCUGCUCAGAGAUUACGAGCCUGUGCUGAACACCACCAAGGAAUUGUUAGGAAGAAGAAGGGCUUUGAGGCUUGAUCCGAAUGCAUCGCACAUUGAACGGCAGAAGAAGAUUCUAGAAGCAGCACAAAGAAGAACGAGUCUAAAGAAGUGCCGCAGGGAUUUGCGCGAAUAUAAUAUUCCGCUAGCAACCUUGCUGAGCGAAGACGGGACUCGCACGUCUUCUCGUCGUAAGAUGGAAAUCAUUACGGAGAGGUUCUACUCGAACCUUUUCCGUUCAUCAACUCCUGUGUCAAGCCCAAUCAUCCCCACUGGCGAAGCUCCACCACGGAUUCUCCCUUCGGAAGUACGAGUCGCUAUCAAGAGCAUGAAACCUGGCACAGCCCCGGACCUGAUUUUAUAUCAGCAGACUUUCUUCGGGCUGAAAGAAAGGAUCCCAGACCAGUGGAAGACCUCACGAACCGUUCUUAUCCAUAAGAAAGGUGACCGAGAGGACCUUCGGAACUACCGUCCGAUAUGCUUGCUGAGCGUGUUAUACAAAGUAUUCACCAAGAUCAUCCUCACACGCAUAUCUAGGACGCUGGAUGAAACCCAGCCUCAAGAACAAGCUGGAUUCCGCCAAGGGUUCAGCUGCUUGGACCACAUCCAGACCGUGUCGAGGGUCAUAGAGGUUUGCCGGGAAUACCGCCUGCCCCUUGUUCUAACCUUCGUCGACUAUGAGAAAGCCUUUGACAGCGUAGAAACGAAUGCAAUACUGUCAGCGCUGGUCGAUCAAGGUGUGGACGCGUCGUAUGUGAGGACAUUAGCCAAUUGCUACGAACGAUGCACGACUAAGAUACAGCUUUUCCACCGCCCUCUCACCAUACCCAUUGGAAAGGGGGUACGACAAGGCGAUACUAUAUCGCCGAAGCUGUUCACGGCUGCAUUGCAAUGGAUAAUGAAAUCACUAUCCUGGGAAGAAAGGGGCAUACGUGUUGAUGGAAGAUUUCUUUCGAACCUUCGUUUCGCGGAUGACAUCGUUCUCUUUUCGAGCAGUACCAAUGAAGCAGAAACGAUGCUCAACGAAUUGAACGAAGCAGGGAAGAGAAUAGGACUACGAAUAAACAGAAAGAAGACACAGUUCAUGAAGAACGCGCACUGUCAGGACGGAGGAGUACAACUUGAAGGUUCCCAAAUCGUGGAAACUCCGUCAUACGUAUACCUCGGACGUUCUAUGAACAUGGAAAACGACUUGAAGGAAGAACUGAAUAGAAGAAUGAGAGCAGCAUGGGCAGCAUUCGCAGCCGUCAGGGAAGCUACGGACCAACUGACGGACCAUGAUCUUCGUGCCCAUCUGUUCGACUCGACAGUCCUUCCAGCGCUCUGUUACGCAGCAGAGACGUGGGCAGACACCGCGGCCACGUCUAGGAAGCUACUUACUACCCACAGAGCCCUUGAGAGAUGUCUCCUGAAGUUUAACCGGCGCACACAACACCUUGCCGGUCUUCGUAGCUCCGACUUAAGAGGAAUGUCCCGUCUUCGCGACCCAGCGGAAUAUGUAUCGAAAGCAAAACAUAGAUGGGCCGGUCACAUCAUGAGAAGAUCGACGAUAGAUGGACUAAAAGAACGCUAG